GAAAUGAGCUUAAGGCAUUCAUUAGAAAGCCAUAAGUUAGACUUAAUCGCUGAGAUCACAAGCUUGAAGUUACAACUAACUGGUGCCAAGCAAGAGCUAACAGAAUGGAAGGAAAAGGCUGCAGACAACCAGGCUUGCUUGAUGGAAAAAGAAAAGGAGACGAUGCAAGAAAAAUACAAAGCAGCACAGCUGAACAUAAAUGAAUUACAUAAGGAGGCCAAUGAUUGGCAGGAAAAAUACAUGCAUAGUCAGUUUUAG